UUUAUUUCUCUAAUGGUAAAGACAUCUCCUCCUGAAACAGCAGCAGGAGCGACACUGCUGAACUCUUGAAUCUAGACCCACUCACACAAAAUCCAUCGCUCCAGGGUGACGGGGACUGCACGGAGGACAAGGUCAUCUUCAUUUUUACUAGAGUUGGAACUUCAGAGGUGGUGUCCUAAACCGCAGAAUGGCAGCACAGGGAACUAUGGCAAACAAGGGUCCCUCUUAUGGGCUGAGCCGCCAAGUGCAGGAUAAAAUUGAGCAGAAGUACGACACUGAACUGGAGGCGCGUUUGGUGGAGUGGAUUGUGGCUCAGUGUGGGCCGGCGGUGGGAAAGCCAGAGGCAGGAAAACUGGGUUUCCAGACCUGGCUCAAAGAUGGAUGUGUUUUGUGUGAGCUCAUCAAUAGUCUGUGUAAGGACAAGCCUGUAAAGAAGAUCCAGAGCUCCAGUAUGGCGUUCAAACAGAUGGAGCAGGUGUCACAGUUCCUCAAUGCCGCAGAGCGAUACGGCGUCAUCAAAACCGACAUGUUUCAGACGGUAGAUCUGUGGGAGGGAAAGGACUUGGCCGCAGUGCAGAGGACACUCAUGGCUCUGGGUAGCAUCGCGGUCACAAAAGAUGACGGCGCCUUCCGUGGAGAUCCCAACUGGUUCUUCAAGAAAGCUCAGGAGAACCGGAGAGAUUUCUCUGACGACCAGAUGAAAGAAGGGAAAAAUGUCAUCGGCCUGCAGAUGGGAUCCAAUAAAGGGGCGUCCCAGAGCGGCAUGACAGGCUAUGGCCGACCUCGACAGAUCAUGAACCCAUGAGCCAAACUUUCUUCCCUCGGUUCCCUGACCAUCAUCCUAAUCAUUCGUCUCCAAAUGUUCCUUUCAGAAUACGACCAGAAUGACAGUGUAAUGAAUAUAAAUAAAAAAUAACACCACUUGGUACUAAAAUUA